AUGCAACCACUCGUGCUUCAUCCCCCGAGCCUUGCUACCGCCCAGUUCGGACAGCCCCGGUUCAGCUCCGGCCCAGAGCGGCUUCCGUUGAAUCGAUCUUGGUCUUCCAAUGCUCGAGGGUAUAGCCCCCGGGCUCCUCUUUCCCGUCAAUCUAUGUCUGGCUCGCCGCCGGCCGACGAGCCCCUAGUGACAGCCGGAAACCCUAAGCCUCCUCUAGGAUAUUCGUCCGUUUCCUCUCCAGCAAUAACCAGUGCUAUCGACGUUGCCCCCAGCUCUAGGGUUCAUAUUCCUGGAUCAACAAUAUCACAGCCACUAUCGUCCGUCAGUGAACCUCUGCCAGCACAUAUAACGCCGCCGCGAUAUGGACAAAUCAGCGGGCCACCACCGCCGGCAUUCGGAGUUGGCUCACCACAAACAUUGCCUGGAGGUCCACCUUAUCCUCUUUCAGCGUUGGAAUCGUCGAUAGCUGGACCAGCAGGCAGAUCACUUGCACAGAAAUCAACUCGGCGCACCAAAGCUCACGUAGCUUCGGCCUGUGUGAACUGCAAGAAGAAGCACCUUGGAUGUGAUCCUGCACGCCCAUGUCGAAGAUGUGUACUCGCUGGCAAGGCCUCUUCAUGUGUCGAUGUCACGCACAAGAAACGAGGGCGACCGCCAUUGAAAGCCGAGGAUUCUUCUCUACGUUCCUACUCAAACGCUCAUGUCGAUAAUCCGGCAAUGACUGCUGAAUCCCAGUCUUCGACAGCCUCACAAAGAACAGUCAUGCAUCGAGCUACCUCAUCCCGCGAACUAAGGCCAAUGACAGAUCUCCAGGGAAUAGGUGAGCCAGGGCCAGCAAGCGCUGCAGCAAUGCGAAUGCCACGCAGUCAACCACACCGAUGGUCUGCAUCCGUGUUUCCUCUAACACGACCUAUGGAACAAUCUCCUCCGAUGCCAGGUGCCAUGGGACGAAGACCGUUCUCUUCAUCAGGACCACCACUCUAUGUACCUCCAUCCGCCCCAGCGCCUCCCCCUCCUGCAUUUGUGCCGAUCACAAGUGGAUUCAAUCCGGUCCUUAAGCCUGGGACGAUGCCACCAGGAAUGGACAGAAGAUUCCCAUCAUACGCAGGUCCAGCUUUGCCACCUCCGACAUCUCCUACUCAGCAUCAUUCACCAGGUGUACACUAUUUGCCAUAUAGCGAAGCUCCGCCUGGCACCCUGCAUCAACCGUUGAGUGACCCUCGAAUGCCCCAUGGCCCUCGCGAGCCGUAUCUCGAGUCACCAGUCCGACUUCCACCUAUACAUCAAGCCACGGCUAGUCCCCGACCUCACCAGCCGCACCACGCCCAUCGCUUGAGCGACCCAUACCCGGCAAGCUGGAGCUCGCCCGGACGUGAAGACAUGUCAAGGGAACCGAGAUCGCCAGCAGCGCUGCAACGACCCAUAAGCUCGGCUUUCUCACACUCGUCAUCUCAUCAUCGCUCAUCUUCCAUAACUGGUCCUCUUGACCCAGUCCCACGGCAUCUAGGCCCGGUCGAAUUACCCUCGCCGGUGACUGUCAGUCAUGCUUUACCAGCGGCCACCCGAACGACCACGACUCCCGCUACCGAAGGCGAAAAUUCAGAGCCUAGGCCCAUCAAGCGUCGCAAAAUGGCCCUGGACGAUAUGGUCAACGGUUGA